AUGGCGGCUGCUUUGUCCAAUUUAUCUCGACUAUCAAUUCAGGAUGGUGAAGGCAUUGUUGGAGCUUCAACGGAGAAGCAGGAGGCAGCAGAUAACAGGGUAGUCAUAGCGGAUGAGGAUUGGUUGGAAGUUUCUGAGGGAGAGUCGGUUCAUUUCAACCUCUUGGGGAAGCUAUUUUCCAAGCGAAGGGCUAAUGUGGAGGGUUUACGGGUAGCAAUGUUUCAAGCUUGGAAACCAGAGUGUGAUUUGGUAGUAAAGGAAGCUAGUGACAAUCUUUACAUUUUUCAAUUUGAUGAUGCAAAUGAACGGGAUCGAGUUCUAGUCAAUCAACCUUGGUCUUUUAACCGGAGUCUUCUGCUACUUAGGGAAUUCUCAGGCUUACAGGUGCCGGAAGAAGUCAAUUUUGAUACGUGCCCUAUUUGGAUGCGGGUCUUUAAGCUACCAAUUUUGUUGAUGACAGAGAAGAUAGGGAGAGCGGUUGGUGCAGCCAUGGGCAAUGUCUUGGAGGUGGAUCAAUCUUGCAGCCGUUAUCUCCGUUUGAGGGUGAGUUUCAAUGUCAAUAAUCCUUUGAUGGAAGAACAGGCUUGUCCUUUGGGAACUUAUCAAUUGAAGACUCAAGGAUUCAUGACAAAGAAAUUUUCUGAUUACUUGAGGGCGGAAACACCUGAUAUAAUGCCAAGGCAGUUUCAUUCGGGGGCUAGUGGAUCUAAAUUGACAGGUUUAGGCGGCAGGAAUAACAGUCGACGGAAUUUGACGGCGGCGGGGUCUGUUGAUUCAAGGCCAGGGGCGUUACUUGGUCAUGUUGACAGCCAACUUCUACGGGGAGGGGCGGUGGGGUCUGUGGAUUCAAGGCCAGCCGCGCUUCUUGGUCAUGUUGAUAGCCAACUGCUACGGGGAGGGGCGGGAGGGGCGGUGGCUAACGCCGUAGUUUCCGGUGAGCGGUAUGGAGAAGCUAACUCCCGCUUAUUUGGGGUGUUAGUUCCGACUGGUAAGGAAGUUGAGGAGAAUGUGGAGUCUCAUACGGGAUUGAUAACUCGACGGUUAAGGGAUGAUAGUUUGAAUCCCGAAAUUGAAGGCCGUGGGAAUGGGUCGAAUCAAGAGGCAAAAUCUGCAAGGAAGUGGCGGAAGUUGGCAAGGGGUUCGGUUCAGGAGCCUGAUGACAAGCAAGCUACUCAGUCUGCAACAAGGGAAGGGAAGAAGCGGGGCUUUAAUGGAGGUAUCAUGGCUUCGACGGGUGCUGGAGCUACCAAAAGAUCUCGGGAUCGUGAUGAGCGGCAGAGAGGGGUAAUAGCCAUCUCUGCCGACAAAAAAGAAUUGUUUAGUUUGGAACUGUCGGGGUGUAGGGCAGACCCGAACAGUUCAUCAGGAGGUUUGGCACUUUUGUGGUUUAAUAAUGUUGACAUUUCUAUUCUUUCUUAUUCAAAUUCUCACAUAGAUGCACAGAUUGGUUCCAAUAUGGAUAAUGCCUGGCGAUUUACAAGUUUUUAUGGCCGUCCUGAAACACAUAGACGGAAUGAAUCUUGGCAUUUGUUAAGAACUCUAAAUGCAAAUUGUUCUCUGCCAUGGUUAUGUGCUGGCGAUUUUAAUGAAAUUACAAAAAGUGAGGAGAAAGUUGGUGGUGGUUUGAGACCGUUUACUCAAAUGCAAAAUUUUAGCCAAGUAAUAGAAGAUUGUUUCUUCACUUCUCUGCCUGUGAUAGGUCCUUUGAUGACGUGGCAUAAAAAAUUACAUGGGGAAUUUAUUUUUGAAAGAUUGGAUCGAGCAUUGAUUACAAAUUCUUGGCUUGAACGUUUUAGCCAUUCGACUGAAAAGCAUGUUAUUUCUAAUGUGUCCGAUCAUCUUCCUUUGGUUAUAUCAAUACAAGAGCAACCGACGGUGCAAUGGCGAGGACCAAAACCGUUUCGGUUUGAAUCAAUGUGGUGCACCCCUGAUGGAUUUGAACAGGUGGUAAGAGAGGCAUGGACAAACGAUGGACACAAGGGGAUUUCUAACAAUUUAAUGGCAUGUAAGCGGGCUUUAUCAACUUGGAACAGAUCGGUAUUUGGCAAUGUCAGGCAUAAGUUGGAGUGGAAACGUAAAGAGCUUGGAGAAAUGCUUGAGGCUGGUACCAAUACCGAAAGAAUAGAGGAGUGUAAAAACGAUUUGAAUGUGUUAUUACAUCAAGAGGAGGUGAUGUGGAGGCAGCGAUCUAAGGCAUUAUGGUUCUCCCAAGGUGAUAGAAACACGAGGUAUUUUCACUCAAUUGCAUCGGAUAGAAGGAAGCGGAAUUUAAUCCUUGGGAUUGAGGAUGGUGCUGGAGAAUGGAAGACAACAAUGGCGGAUGUGGAAAAUAUUGCUUGUAAUUAUUAUAAGGAAUUGUUCUCUUCUUCGAAUCCUUCAAAUGAAGCUCUAGACAAAGUCUUGGCUUUAGUUCCUGGACGAAUUGAUGACCAGAUGCGUGCUUUGCUUGAUGCUCCCUUUACGGCUACCGAUAUUAAAGAAGCAGUGUUCCAGAUGCAAGGUGAGAAGGCGCCAGGACCCGACGGUUUUCCUCCAACAUUUUACCAAAAGUGUUGGUCUACUGUUGGUAAGGAUGUUAUAGAGUUUGCUCUUAAUUUCUUGAAUAAUGGGGGAAGUUUGUCUCAUAUUAAUCACACCAAUAUUGUGCUUAUUCCUAAGAUAGAGAAUCCCAGGACUAUGAAAGAUUUUAGGCCUAUAGCUUUGUGUAAUGUUCUGUUCAAAAUUAUUUCAAAAACUAUUGCUAAUAGGCUUAAGUUAAUUCUUCCUCAAAUUAUAGGCGAAAGUCAAAGUGCUUUUGUGCCUGAUAGAAUGAUUUUUGAUAAUGCAUUAAUUGCUUUUGAAACAAUCCAUUUUAUGUGUAAUAAAAGAUCUGGUAAGAGAGCACAUUUGGCUCUAAAAUUGGAUUUAAGUAAGGCUUAUGACAAGGUUGAAUGGAUUUUUCUAGAAAAGUGUAUGUAUAGGUUGGGUUUUUCUUCUCAUUGGAUUGAGCUGGUAAUGGAGGGUAUCAGGUCUGUUUCAUAUUCAAUUCUGAUAAAUGGACAGCAAACUGCUAGGCUUAGCCCUACAAGAGGAAUUAGACAGGGAGACCCUUUGUCUCCAUAUUUAUUUCUGUUUUGUAUGGAGGCUUUUUCUUGUCUGAUUUCAAAUGCAGAGGCAACUAAUUUGAUCCAUGGAGUAGCAAUUAAUCGAGCAGCACCUAGCAUUUCACAUCUUUUCUUCGCUGAUGAUAGUCUCAUUUUCUUACGAGCUGCAUUGGAUGAGUGUGAGGUAGUUUUGAAUAUCCUUCAUGAUUUUGAACUAGCAACGGGGCAGCAAGUUAAUAUUGACAAGUCAGCAAUAUUGUUUAGUUCAAAUAUUUCAUCUGGCCUUCAGGAUAGUAUAAUGCGUCGUCUAGGGGUGUCUCGUGUGUUAGAAAGGGAUAAAUAUUUGGGAUUACCAAUUAUGAUUGGUAAAAAUAAGAAGCAGGAGCUUAAUUUUAUCAAGGAAAGACUGCUUCAACGAGUGGCUUCGUGGCGCAAUAAGCUCUUUUCCAUUGUUGGUAAGGCUAUUAUGAUCCACUCGAUUGCUCAAUCGAUACCUGUCUAUCUAAUGAGUGUUUUUCGAUUUCCAAAGAGUUUUAUCCAUGAACUCAAUAUGAUUAUAGCAAAAUUUUGGUGGGGAAGCACUAAUGAUAACCGGAAGAUUCAUUGGAUGGCUUGGGAGACAAUGUGUGUAUUAAAAUUGGAUGGAGGAUUAGGAUUCCGGGAUUUUGAAGCCUUCAAUUUGGCUUUAUUAGCAAAGCAAUGUUGGAGAUUAAUACAUAAUCAAGAUUCUCUAUGCUUUCGGCUUUUUAAAGGCGAGGUUGCGGACAUAAUGGAUUUUGAGGAGAGACGUUGGCGAAUUGAUGAGCUCAUGGAUAUUGUAGUAGAUGAAGAUGUGAGCAGAAUUUUGUGCUUGCCAAUUCCGAGACUACCAGGGAGGGAUACUUUGAUAUGGGAUGCAAGUUCUUCAGGGAAUUUUUCUGUUAAGUCAGCCUAUUAUGUGGCGCGCCAAAUCUUAGGGCAUGAUGUGAAUAUUGAUGAUGAAUCUCGCAAAUUAUGGCGUCGAGUUUGGGGUUCCUCAAUUCCUCCAAAGAUUCAUUACUUUAUUUGGAGAUUAAUUUGGAAUUUGCUUCCUAUUAAGACCAAUUUGCAGCAGCGGGGAAUGGAUAUUGAUGACCUUUGUGUUGUAUGUGGCUUGAGUGUGGAGUCUCUUGGUCAUGUUUUUUUCGAGUGUUGCUAUAGUCGUCAGGUCGGGAUCUUAUUGAAGCAAUUGGAGCAGGCUCGUCCUAAGGCCAUUAGCAGGGUACCAGCAAGGAAUGAUUCUUGGCAAGCACCAGGGCCAGGGAUGGUGAAGAUCAAUACGGAUGCAUCCUUUAAUCAAGACACAUGUCAAGCAGGUUUAGGGGUUGGUUUUAGAGAUAGUGAGGGCAAUGUCCUUGUUUGUGCCUGCCGUAAAUUAUCUUUUAUUUCAAGUCCUUUGUAUGCUGAGAUCCAUGCUAUUCUUUUUGGUUUUGAAUUGGCAUUGGAGUAUGAUAUUGAUAAUUGUAUUUUUGAGAGCGAUUGUUUGAAUGCAGUGUCAAUUAUCAAUAGCAAUUCACCAGUUUGGUGGGAAGGGGCAUGUCUUAUCUAUGAAAUUAGGGAAUUAGUUUCUUUAUUUGACCAUUGUAAUUUUGUACAUGCUCGUAGAGAAGCUAAUGAACUAGCACAUAGGAUGGCUCAAUUGGAGUUUGAUUUUGUGCGGUGCGGGAGUUUACCUCCUAGCGUUUGUAUCCCUGAUUUCACAAAUUAA